GGGAUUGUGAUCAAUUGGAGAUGUCUUAAGCGCGACGAUAGUCAACCACUUCUCAGGGUUUGGUACUUACUUCCCUGCCUGUUCUCUCCGAGAUGUUCUAUAUAAUCUUGAAUGCUGUCUUCCCUAAAUAUCACGCUGGACAGCAAUCCGAUAGCCUUCCAAAGCACGUCGGUAUCCUUACACAGGGCGCUGGACGAUCCUUCCGACUUCGUGCUUAGUGCAUUCUUGGAAAUUAAAGCGGCAUUCGUGAACACUACGGGAUCGGUAAUGGUGGCAACAACGAAUCAGGCCGUUGAAAAUUUCACAGCAGACCGAAUUAUCGAUAUGACCUUCAAUCAUUCAAGUCGAUCCGAAAACUAUAUCCUGGUUGCUUGGGAGUCUGAAUCGGGUCUUCGUUUGGCUGAAAGCCAGCUGUUUUCGGUGACAGACUUUGAGUCGACAGCAUCUGAGUCGGCACUUUCCACCAUCCCAUCCAGCCCCCCUUCAUCAUUUUCGGGAAGCAUUCCCACUUCGACGACAGCAUCCAACGUUCCGCCUAAACAUACGUCAUACACGGGCACCAUUGUGGGCUGCAUCCUCGGCUUGCUUGCAUUUGGAUGCAUGAUUUCCGCAUUUAUAUACGUCCUGAUUCGGCGACGGAGGGCGAAGGUCGCCACACCAUAUCUUUGUCCUGAGGAUGGCCCAGCGGCUACCCUAACUUCGUUUCCACCAAAAUCUAGGAGUAUGAGUCUUCAUCAGGAAAGCGAGACCGAAACUCAAGAACUUGUGUUACAGAUGCCGAGAGAGCAUUUAGAGGUAGAGAAUGUGAGGAUGCGAGAGGAGAUCAUGGUGUUGGAUAAUCAGAUCAGAUGCAUGGAAGCUGGAUGCGGGAGUUUGCCCCCACCGUCGUACAGGUCUGCUUCACACGCUUCCAAUACCAGCUCCCGAUGUCGCCAGCAGAUGUUUUGAUGUAUGAUCUCCAUGUGGACUUUACCGACCUCGAUCAGAUUCGGUGGUUGUAUCUAGCUUACCAACGGGAAAUUGGAUCUUGCCUGUGCCUACUACCGUCAAUG